GGCCUCAAGAAGCAUCACUGGUGCCCUUCUGUUUCCUAUGUUGUGUUUCUUGCAGCCAAGGUUCAUGAAGAGAUUGACCAGGUGAUUGGGCCACACCGGUUACCUAGUAUGGAUGACAGGCUGAAGAUGCCCUACACAGAUGCUGUGAUCCACGAGAUACUCAGAAGGAAAAGGGCAGGCAUGGGUAUCUCCCGUUGUGUCACCCGGGACACUGAAUUCCGAGGCUACCUCCUGCCCAAGGGCACCAUCGUGUAUCCUCUGCUGGACUCUGUCCACAAUGACCCCAGCUACUUCAGUCAGCCAGAUGCCUUCUAUCCCCAGCACUUCCUGGAUGAGCAAGGCCAGUUCAAGAAGAAUGAAGCCUUUAUGCCCUUUUCCUGUGGGAAGCGCGUCUGCCCUGGGGAGACACUGGCACACCAGGAGUUCUUUCUCUACUUCACCUCCAUCCUGCAGAGCUUCUCCCUGCGCCCCCUGGUGCCACCCAGGGACAUUGACAUCACCCCCAGGUUUGUAAACAUAAUGAGUGUUUGCCGCCCAUAUGAGUUCUGCUUCCUUCCCCGCUGAGCUGUGCUGGGGAGCAGGGGGGUGACUGGAGAGCUCAGCCCAGUCCAGCCCAUUCCACAUGUUACUCUGCCAUCACUCUCUCCCGUGUGAGUAAACCCCAAACGCCCCAGAAUUCUUCCUGAAACUUCAAUAAAAAAGGGGCGAAUUCA